AUGCAGAAGCCGGCCGGCUGGCAGGAGGAGCAGGCGGUGGAGAUCCGUCGGGACUGGAUAGCCUUCCUGGCCGACGGCAUGGGGAUCGACACCCGAGGAGCCACGGGCGCGGACCUGGAGGCUCUCGUGGUCCGCACAAUGUUGGAGCAGGCGGAGGAUGACCUAUUUCAAGAUUCUUUCGACGAGUGGGACACCGACGAGGAAGAAGAGGAAGACAGGCUUCACCCCAAGGGCGAAAGACGGAAAGGCGUCGCGAAAGGGCGAAAAUCCCGCAGCCAUAGCAGGACUCGAUACCUCAGCUCGUGCGCGGACGAGGACGACGGGGCUUCCUCCGCGGCGAGCGGCGGCGGCGGCGGCUUGAAGGCCAAGAAAAGGCAGCCCCUCGGCGGCAUGCUAGGCUCCAAGCUCCUCCGCCGGUCUCAGACCACGGGAGACAUGGACGCUACUCAGAAGGGUGGAGCCGCCAGCAGAAACCAAGGGCAUUCCGCCGCCGCCGCCGCCGCCGCCGGUGGUAGGAGUAGCAGCCGAGACGCAGCAGCUCACGGACCGGGGCGAGGGAAGGCAGCGGGGAGCCUUGCGCCCGGAGGUCCGCCUGGCACCGAGGCGGACGCAUUGACCUCGUCGGGGUUGCUCUCGGUGGACCCGGCCGGCGGGGGCGGGGGCGCCGGCAUGAGGCGGGGGAGCGGCGGCAGUGAGACGGCGGCGGCGGCCUCCGGCAAGGGUGGGGGAAGGAGCCGACGACGGCGAGAAGGAGGCCGUGGUGGUGGUGCGGCCGGCGCCUCCGCCGCCGCCGCCGCCUCCCCCUCCGUGCAACUCCUGCUGUCGGCCGACCGGAAGGGCGGCGGAGGCGGCGGCGGCGGCGGCGGCGACGUCGCCGGGUUCCUUGACUCGAAGAUGUCGGCGGCGAUAGAGGCCGCGAUAUUCGCGGCCAACACCAGCAGCGGCAGCUUCGAGGCCUCCUUCUCGGAGGACAAAGUGGGCGGAGGACGGGCGGCGCCGGCUAAUGCCGCCGCUGCUGGUGGUAUCUUGGGAGCCGCGCCUACCGGGGGCGGGGGUGGUAGCAAGUCGAGGUGGGGACUCGGCGUCGCGUCGUCGUCGUCUAGGCAGCACGGGGGCCGGGACGAGGACGGCGGCGAGAGGCCUCGGGCAGAUGCGUCUGCUGCUGCCGUUGCCGCGGAGCGCUUGGCGAAGGGAUCGGCUUCCGAGCCGCGGGUUGCGACAUCAUCCGACGGUAGGGGAAAGCAGCAGAGCAGACAAACCGUCUUGCUUAAGACUGCGGCGGCAUCAACCGGCGGUAGUGGCGCCGGGGGGGGGGGUCUUUCGGCGUUACCACGGGGCGGCGUCGACGACCCGGCCCCGGAGGACAUCGCUAGGUUAGGCGAUCGCCGGCCCAGUGGCAACGGCGUGGGUCCUGCGCCGCCGUCGUCGCGCGGCGGCACGUGGGCGGACGGCUUCGGCCGAAAGGGGUCUUCGUCUCGCAGACCGUCCAUCGCGCCGGGACCAUCGUCGGAGGAGCGGGAGGAAGCCGCCGCCCCCCAAGAGGGGGAAGGAGGCCGCGAGGAAGGGGAGCUGGCGAGGGAGGCGGUGGCGGCGGUGGCAAGAGCCAUCGCUAACGGUAGCGCGACGGCGGCGAACGGCGCCAUCGACGAAGAUGCGUUGUUAGCGGCGUCAAUGCUCGGGGAAGCGCCGACGGAGGAGGUCGGGAGAAGCGCCGCUAAUACGACCCCGUUCUACACGGAGCGCACACGGAGCGGCGGCGGGGGCGGCGGCGGCGAUGCAUCGCACAAGUCGUCUCGACCAUCACGACGAGGCUCUCGCACGAAGGCCAGGCCUACCGGCACCGAUCCGGCCCGCAGCGACCGCAAGAGAGCAAUCUCGGCCGGAAGGAUAGGGCCGGACUUGAGGUACGAAGGGGCGGGGGGCGGCAGCAGGGGUAGUAGUCGAGACGGGGGAUCGGGGAGAGUCGGCGGCCGGGGGGAGCCGAAGCCCGCCGGUGGACAGAAGCCAAGGGGGCGUUCUAGAGAGCGGCGAGGAGUCGUUGCUCGGAACGGUACGGAGGCCGUGGCGCCGGGGGUAGAGCGGGCGGGCGAAGAGGAGGGAGGGGCGGCGGCGGCGCCGGCGCCGGCGCCGGGGGGAGUGGGCUUGAAGCGCGAUUCGGACUCGUCGCGAAGCGUGGUGCAGAACACGGGGGCGGCGGCGGCAGCGGCGGCGGCGGCCGACGACGGGGGCUACGGGAGCGACUGGGACAAGCUUGAGAUGCAUCGGGCCGUGUAUGCCAGCGACAAGCCGGGGCUCCGGCUGUUCAUGCAGGCGCGGCCCCGGGGCCUGAAGCAGGCGGACCACCACGGCAACACCCCGCUGCUGUUGGCCCUCAAGCUGGGACGCACGGAGAUGGCCUGGCUGAUGGUCCGGGCAGGGGCGGAGCUUGACCUCCCCAGCGACGGCAGCUUCCACCUUCUGGAUGAAGCGAUCGUGCACGGCGACGAAGACCUUCUGGUGGAGGUUUACGGGCGGCUGCAGCGGCAGUCGUGGGCGAGGUGGAGGGCCAAAGUGCCGGAUCUCCUGUCUCUGCUGGACGAGAGCAUUCCGGACUUCUACAUGGAGAUGCACUGGAGCUUCGAGUGCAGCAACGUGCUCGCGCCCAUCGUGAAGGCCGUCGCGCCCCACGACCACUACCGCAUCUGGAAGAAGGGCUCGUGGCUAAGGAUGGACUCGACCAUCACAGGGUACACGAAGCGGCUCAAGACCCAGCGUGGGAAGGUGUCGCUGCUGUUCCUUGGCAACGAUAGCCCUGCCCCGGGAACUCUUAUCAAGCUCGAUCACGGCAAGAGGAAGAUCUACAACGUGCUGCGGCGGCUGGAGAGCCCGACGCCGUCGGAGGUCCGGCGGACCUGCAGGCGCUACCUGUCCCCGGGGCAAUCGAAGCGGCCGGCCAGCCAGGUCGAUGCGUACGUGAUCAAAUCGAGUGCGCUAAACUUCAAGCCCGUAAAGGACUACUCUGGCAAGCUCAAGACCGGCACCGUGGGGCCGUGGGCGUGCGAGAUGUACGAGUGCACGGGAGACAUGCAGCUGCAGGCGUUCCGCAAGGGGGCCGGGGACAACCUGCUCUCCGGUCUCUCCAUGAAGAACUACUUCGACGUGCGGCAGACCUUGGAGGAGAAGGUGAUGCGAGCUGGAGGCAAUGGUGGUGAGGGGUCCGGGGUUGCCGCGACGCCUUCGUCGGGUCCCGGAUCGCUCUUCAACUUCGGGGAACGGUCCGCGCAGAGCCAGAAGGCCAAGAUGCUGGCCAAGCUGAACACGCCCCACAAGCGCUUCGAGAAGAAGAUCAAGGCGAGCAUGUGGAUGAGCCAGGACUUCCCCCUCACGCUCGAGCACGUGACUCCUAUGCUGGAGGUCUUGUCUAUGCAGGACAAGGUCAUCCACAAGCUUAAGGAGGUUUUGACGACGAAGGGCAUGCGGGAGGCGGGGUUCCCGGCCAAGGUGUCCCUCCCGCUCUACCUCGGGGUGUACGCCGCGGUGACGUUCGACAACUGCAAGGUCUUCAAGCCGGGGGAGCUGGAGCCGGAGCUGUUUCUGGUGAAGCCGGACUACUCUUCCUCGAGACGGAUGCAGAAGGUGGCGGUGCACGCUUAA